CUCGUAUCUGAUACCGUGGCGGGGACUGUCGUCAUUGUCCUGGCCACCGAAUGUUCCUGACGAGCUUCUUAGAACACACUCAAACUCUCAUCACAUCUUCAACAUAGAGGGAAUAUUGUACCCUCAGUAUGCACCAUGCAGCCCUCAGAGACAAAUACACCUCCCGAUGACCGACCAGGCACCCCGCCGCGCCCGCCGUACUCGCCCGUGACUCCUGUGCUCGCCCAUCUCGCCCCAGCGUCUCCCGGCACGACGUCGAUUGUGCCUCCAGCCUCGUCGCCCUCGCCGACCUCCCUGCUCCCUUCCUCGUUUCCCCCUCCCCAGUCCGGCCCAUUGUUCGCCGCCGAGCCGCAGCCCGUGCCUAUCUCGGAGAGCGAGAAUCCCGAUGCCAUCGCGCUGCGCUCCGCCAUAUCCAUCCUCCAGCUGCAGAAACAGCAGAGUCUGCGCGAUUUGCAGACCCUCGAUCGACUGAAGAUGGCUGCCGCAGUGGACCCGGAACGGUUUGCGCAGGAACUCGCCGCGGGGAAGCUCAGUGCGUCGACGGGGUCAUUCAUCGGUUUCUCGGAUGAGAGAGAAGAUACUGAAGAUAUCACUUUACAAAACACUACUACUUCUACUCCUACCCUUGGCAAAUUGCCUACCCCGCAGAACGUGGUGCGCAUGCCUCCCAUCAACUGGGCCAAAUACCAGAUUGUCGGCGACCCGCUGGACAAAAUGCACGAGGAACAACGACUACGUCCCUCUUUAGGGGAACCCAGACGCGGUGACCCGUCCCAGCGAGCCGAGGAGUAUGUCCUUGCGUCGCCGUAUCGGCCGCUGGUGGAUAAAUUAGAGUCGCCGAGUAAAUCGAAGCAAGUCAAGAGGAAAAAGGCUUAA